GUUUCAAUGUCAUGCUUAGAUAAAUUUCGAAAAAAUUAAGCGUCUUUAGCAGUAAUUUAAUUAAGAUUUUUUGGGUAUGUACGAUGUAAAGCACAAUAUUUUUAACAUGCUGAGAAAUUUAAUAAUUGAAUGUUUAAAAAAGUCAAAAAAUAUUUUGAGAUUCGAACCUGAAUGACAAAAAUAAGAGAAUUUUUGUAUGAAAUUUUUAUACUUCACAAGCCAAAAAAUCCUUCUUUAGUCGAUCUUAGUCGCGGCUUUAGUCGACUUUAGCCGGUUUUAGUCGACUAUAGCCGACUAAGGAAAAAACCGUUAAUUCUUUAGUCGACUAAAGCCGACUAAGUUUUAGUCGGUUUUAGUCGACUAUAGUCGACUAAACUUCACUCGGCUUCGCCCUCUGCUAUAUUCAUUCUUCAUAAGUUUAAAUAUUUAAUUCAUUAUUCAUACAUUAAAUUUAAUUUUUCGUGCUGAUUUUGACAUUUCUUUCAUCACUUCCUCUACAUUAACUGGUUCUUCUCUAUAAAUACUUAAUAAAACAAUUAUCAGAUUUUCGUAAGGGGGGCCCGGGCCCCCUAUGGCCCCCCCCCCCCUGGCUACGCCCCUGAUUCAACAACUUUAGAAAACUUCUAAUGAUGAGCGAUUGAUAUUAAUUUAAAAUUUGUCAGGUAUCAUCUUUUCAAACAUGUCCGUCUACUGUUUUAAAUGCUUACAACAUAUUAUGUUUGAUUAUAGCCCCUAUAAACAUAAUAAAAUUAAAUAUUGUAAAAUAAAUAGAAAGCAUAAUGUUUUUCUGAAAUCCCAGAAAUGUUUAGUUUCAUCGAUGAUUUAUGGAUAUUCCAAUUAUCAGUUUGUCUCUUUGUUUGUGUGAAUUUUUAAUGUGAGCAGCAUGCUUAUUUGCAAAAUAUUACUAAUAACUAUUAAAUUUUGAGAGAAUGAGAGAUUUAAUUUUGAGAGACUUUUUUGUGCUGCAUUCCCACAAUAAAACCGAUAGUUUCACUGGCCACACACAGUAAGUAAUCAACAGAGAGAUGAUCAAGUCACAGCAAGAAAACUUAAAUCAUCUUAAGACGGCAUUUGAGGAGCAGAAUGAAAAAGAAUUCCGAUUCCUCCUUGAAACUUAUGCGUACAAUGUCAAUGUGUCAUUACACAGCACAGGAACUGAAUCAUCAUUAAUGGAGCAUAUUCUUUCAACACCAAAAUCAUCAAAUUUUAUAAAAAUCUGCUUCAAAUAUGGGGAAAGUUUUCACAAGAAAAAUUCUGGGGGUUUCUAUCUACUGGAUUAUGCCAUUAAGUCAUUAUGUGCAGAGAACUUAAAAACAUUAGUAGACCAUUUAAAUAUGCCGACUUUAAAAACCCAGACACAUCAUAUGGUUUCGUAUAGUGAGGUGGUAAACAAUAAUAAUUUUCUCCAUGAUGUUUUGCAAAGCCUUACUUCUGAAAACAAAGACGAAUGUCAAGAGAUGAUUGAAAUUCUUUUGAAACUCGGUUGUAACCCAAAUCAUUUUAAUGCAGAACAUAUUACGCCAUUUGAGUUUCUUUUGGAUAAAAUUCAAAAUGAUCAAAUUAAAAAUGAUCUGAUUCAGACAUUCUUAAACAAUUCCAUUCCUCGCAUAGAAAUAAGUGAUUCUGAAUACAACAGAAGUUUUGUGUGUAAUUUAAAAAGUGAAAAAUUGAUAAUUCGUAAUCGAUCAGUCACGGAUAUUGCCAAUUUACUUGAACUUAUUGAUCAAGGAAAUGAAGAUGAAUUUGUUACAAUGUUACAAGAAACGGAACUUCAAAAUCAAAUAUUGUAUCAUUUCAUAGAACUAAUAAAGAAGUGCAUCGAAAUGAAUUUUGUCGAGGGAGUAAAGAAGUUGCUUCUUAAAACACCUCAAAAUGAAACUUACAAGGGAUACUAUAUAGACUCGUUGAAUCCGACAAUGAUCAAAUGUGAAAUUGACGAUAAGCCAUUAUUGUUUUAUCCUAUAAAAAUGAAUCGACCCAAAAUUGUUAAAGUAUUUUUGGACCUUGAUUGUGCUCAGUUUCAGAGUGAACUGCAUUCUUAUUCUGUACUCCAUGAAAUCUGUUCAAUGAAUAAUGCUGGGUGUGAUAAGGAUUUCCAACAGUGCUUUAAUUUAAUAAUAAAAGAUCGUCGAUGUGAUUAUAAUCUUGUAAAUGGAUUUGAUCACAAUAGAAAAACCCCAUUAAUGUAUGCCUGUGAAAAUGAUCAUAAAGACAUAAUUUAUGAACUUUUAAGAAGGGGAGCAUAUAUAGGACACGAAUGCAUAGUCAAUAAUUUGAGUGAGGAUAUUUUUAAGAAAGUAUUGGAUGAAAGCAUAGUUCCAACAAGUGAUAUUAGUGAUCAAAAUUGUGCAGUCCAAAUUAAUUACAAGUUUUUGAUUCCUCCAAAAUAUUCAUUGACACGACAUGAUGAAACAAAAGCUUUAAAAUUGAUUGCAUCACAGCCAAGAUUUAAAAAUUUAAUGAUUCAUCCUGUUUUGACUUCUUAUCUUGAAUUGAAAUGGAAACGAGUGAAUGUUUUGGUCUAUAUAGCAUUAUUUCUAUACUUUAUAUUUUUCGUUUAUUUGAGCCUUUUUAUACUGAACUUUUUCAGUAAUGAUUUAUACAAUGGUAAAAGCAUUAACAAUCUAAAGGAUGAAAUAGGUUCAAGAAUUGGUAUUGCCGAGUUUUCAAGCACAAUUACGCAAAUCAAUGAAUUAGAAAACAUAAAUGUUUUGGAUGCUUUAUUUGGGAAGAGAAAAAAACGAGAAGCUAAUCCAUAUACAGACAGUUCUAUUCACUUUCCCACAGAUGAACCAGAAAUCACAAAAACAUCUCAAAUGCCGGGAACAUUUUGGAAUUAUCCAUUUGAGAAUAAUGAUCAAACUAAACAUUUAAAUGUUUCAGUUCAAAAAUAUCAAAAUCUGAAGGAAUAUAUAGCAUCCAACAAAAUGUCUUAUACUAUAUGCUUGAUCGGGACAUUAAUAUUGACAUUCUGUGAGAUUAUUCAGCUGAUUUUUUCAUGGAAGACUUACUUUUUCAAACUUAGUAACUGGGUAGAUUGGACAUUAUUAUUUCUGGCUUAUGUUGUGCUUCUAAAUAUUUUUGCAAAUGAUGUGGAAUCAUUUCGGAAAUUGAGAGCAGUUCUUUUUCUCGUCAUAGCAGUUCAAAGCUUCAUUUUAUUAUCCAGAGUUUCAAAAUUAUCACUUCAGUUGGAAAUCUUCAAGAAAGUUUCAAAGACUUUCAUCAAAUUCAUUAUGCUUUACUUUAUGCUUUUAUUUGCCUUCGCAAUGGCAUUUAACACACUUUAUGGAACUAAAAUUGCCGUACAGAAAAGUGAAGAUGGUGAUAAUAAUUCUAAGGAUAAUAAACAGCAAGAAGAAGAUUACAAUGGCUUCGAGAAUAUUUUGAUAUCAGUAAUUACAGUCAUAAGAAUGAUGCUGUCUGAUUUUGACAAAAUGAAGCUUGAACCAGAUGAUAGGUUCAAUUCUGUAAUUUUCUUGACAUUCGUUCUACUGAUCACUAUCAUAUUGUUCAAUUUACUCAAUGCACUCGCAAUUAAUGAUACACAGCAAAUAAUGAAAUCAGCAGAAAUUGUGGAUGUUCGAAAAAGAAUCUCAAUAGUUGGAAAUUGUGAGCGAAUUUUAGCGUUACUGAAAGUCGAAUUCUUUAAUAUUUACUCAAAUUUGAUUCCGAAUGGACAAAUAAUUAUAAAAAUCAACAAGGAUAAUCAUGUCAGAGUAAGAACUGCAAUAGUAGAAAGCCAACCGACUGAAAAAGUAUACAUAAUUGAGAGUGAAUGUAUAGAUAUGGUUCCUUUAAGUGAUGAGAGCAACAAAACUCUGCCAAAAGUGUACACUAAGGUUCUUAUUCCUCAGUUAUUUCCUUACGAAAAACUUUAUGUGUAUCUCGAAAAGUUUAAUCUUUUAAAUCUUAAUCUUAGUUUGGGAAUCGAAAAUAUCGAAAAGAUAAUUAAUCAUGUAAAGUACUCAAUUGAAAGUAAUAUAUCAAAUGCAUAAUUUUUAGAAUUAAUUAAAAUUAAUUUAUUUCUAGAACUUUUGUUUUAUUAGAUUUCUACAAUUUGUAUUUAUAGUCAAGCAAUAUUAAAUGUAUUUUUCCUUAUGAUAGAGAGAAUAAAUGAAAUAUUCACUUUUAUAUUGAACUUGCGAUACCGCUUUUCCUCUUAUACCUCACUUUCUUAAUAUAUGCCUCGAUUAAUUGUGUUAUUUUUUGUAUGUUUAUUUCUCCUGUUUUGUUAUGACAUAUCUG